UGUUGCACGUAGCCGCGCGCGUUCGCGUAAAAAUUAAUUGCAAGCGAAAUCAAUUUGUAAUUUUGUGAGAGGAAACAAAAAACAAAAAAAAAAAAACACAGCAAGCAAAUAAGUGUUGAAAGUGAAGUUCAAACGGUACGAAAGAAAAUUAAAUAAAUCAAUUAAAUAUCGCACUUUAAUAGCCUAAAAGUAGGCAACAGCUAAACUUUAUACACAUACAUUCGUACAUAUGCACGUGUGGACUUCCAUCAGGUGAAGCCUCUUUGUGUUGACACUGAUGAGGGUUAAGUAUUUUAAUAGAGCUAAAAUAGAGCCUUGCUUGCUACAAAGUCAGGCAAGCUAGGCAGCUAGUUGUGGUAGCCGUUGCCUACAUUGCGGAGUUGAGCGCUAUCAUACAUACAUACAUACAUACCUACUAGGCGUUAAAAGAUAAAUGACAUCCAGGCAUGAGUGCAGCGCACAGCAUGCCUGCUCAGCAGAAAUAAGUAAAUGAGAUUUACACCAAACAGCAGCAGCGUCUGCAGUUGAAAUAAGAAGAGAGGUUGAACAAAAAAAAAAAAUAAAACCAAAGCAAAAACAAGUGUGCUUGUGAAGCAGGUGAAAAAAGAAGAAAAUAGAAGUGGAAGUUGGCUGCGACAUUGAUAUAAAUUGAAAGCCAUUUAUGCUUGAAGUGAAAUAUUGUUGAAAUAAGCAUGUUUUAUAAAUGGUGGCAUACUUUUGGGCGCGCACCAAAUGAAGUAAGCGGAGAGUCAUGUGACAACAGUUAAGGGGUGUGAGACGCAUAAGAUGACAUGAAAAAUGCGAAAUCGUGCGGGUUUGACAAAUUAAAAAUUUAAAGUGUGUUGAGUUUGAUAAAAGUUAUUGAGGUUUGUGGUUUGAAUGUCUAGAUGUAGGCAAUAAUAUGACAUAUGAAAAUAUAUUCUAAAGAUUUGUGAUGCUGUAAGUGCAUGUGUACCAUGAAUUUUGAUGUAGUAAAAUGUGACAGAGGAAGGUUUUGCGAAUGAAAUACAUUAAAUGCCUAAUAGGAUACACCAAAAAAAUUCCAACACAUAUUAAACGCCACAAAGUAUGUGAAAGCGACACAUCAAUGUCGGUAUGAAAGGCGCUGAAGUUAUCAAUAACUAUGAUUAAUAUUUGCAUAAUUUCGUUGCAUACCUAAGGGCGCUGUGGCGUGGGCAAAAGCAGAGCGAAUAGUUUGUAGAAGAUACAAUGAAGCACAGUUAGCUGAGAGGUUCGAAAACUAGCCUUACAAAACAAAAUUUUUACAAAAUCUUUUACUAAGUGCGGGUUCAAUGAAGUUUUUAUAGCAAAAGUACCCAGCUGCGAGCUACCCAAAUAACUAUGAACUGCGAACUAAGUUUAGAUCACAUAAGUCAUAAAAUCAAUGCAGUACUUUUUUUUUGAUGUAACGCAAACCAAACUUGCCCAAAAAACGAAUAAUAGAAUGAAACCAAACAAUACCAAAAAGAAAUUCACUUUGACCCAUUUGAACGCAUUCGCCUAAAUUGAAACUCGGUUUACCUUUCAAUAAAAAAAGGAAAACAGCGCAAUUGUGUGCUCAAAACGGCGGCAGAGCAGAAGCAACGGUGUUGUACGACUAAACAAAAGUGCAAAAGUUAGCAAAAAAUCACAUCACAAACAGCCAAAGCAACAGAGUGACAACAAAAAAAAAGGCAAAAAAAAAAAAUUAAAACAAAAAUCACACCUACGCCAGCCACUCAACGGCAGCAACAAAAGCAACGACGGUGGCGACGACGACGACGACGACCACUUGAUGUUGAGUUAAGCGGUUACGGCGCCCAGAAGUAGGCAACGAGCUGCGAGGUGCACACCAAACAAAAUGUGGCGCGCGAGCACGAACGGUGAAUGACUUGGUUGGCGUGUGCUUCAAACGGCCAGCCAACUAACUGAUCUACUUACCCAACGCUCAACAGCUUCGCAUACACCAACACACGCCACCCCGCCAGCAGCCAGCAACCAGCACAUUCUGCUGCCAACAGCAAUUCACAGCAAACUAAGCGAACAAAACGCAGCAGAGAAGCGAAAGUAUUUAGAGACAGCGCAAAAAGAAAAGCAUUUUGCGUUAUUAGUCCCGUGAGUGUUUUUUAAACUGAACAUUUUUCUGGUAUUUCACCAGCACUAAUUUGAUGAAAUCUUUGCUUGGCUUGCGUGUGCACAUACAUAAAUAUGUAUGUGUGUAUAUAGGUAACCACCAACACACACACCUCACAAGUUUUUGUGCAAACUCCAUUUGUAGAUGAUUGCGCCAAGUCAGCACAUUAGGUACAUAUUUAGUUGAGAGCGCAGCCGGAAUGUAAAAAGCAAAAACAAUUUUAUGAGAUUCGGAAAUGUGCAACGAUUUUAAGUUAACCGGAAAAAUAGAUGCUUAAAAUUGGCAAAAAAAAAUAAAAAAUUGUCCACUGGGAUAAUGUUCCCAGUGAACGUUGAUAAAGACUUUAAACGCUUGCCAGUGCCGAUAAAGACUACUUUGAGACGUCCCAACCGCGUUUUGCGCUAAAUUCACGUCGCGUCUAACGUUUGUGUGCGGUUCGCAUUUUUCGCGCGCGUAUUUUCCAAUUUAUUUAAAUUUACGUCCCAAGCGACUAAGUAGAUUCUACCCCACAAAUCAGUAGGACGAGGAUUUACCGGCUUGCGCGCUUGGACGCCUUUGUGGUGUAGCGAAUUAAUUCAGCGCAAUUAAACGAAUACUUGAAGUGAAAAAAAAACGCCGGCAAAGUAGAGCAGCCACAAUCAAGUGAUCGAACGCGCACCCACACACCCACACACCCAUACAUCCAUACACAGCUGCAGCGCUAACAAAAUGUACGCGCCAGCACGACGGUCGCGCUUCGGCGGUGGCGCAGUCGGCUUUGGCCUGCAGCUGCUUCUCCUACUGGCCGCAAUACAAGAAUCGCUGAGCUCGUACUCGACUACAACUUCCACAACUACUGUGUCGCCUGCGAAUCUUCUGCCCUAUUUCGACUUCGAUGUGCCGCGAAAUUUGACUGUGACCGUAGGGCAAACGGGAUUUUUGCAUUGUCGCGUUGAGCGGUUGGGCGAUAAAGAUGUGUCUUGGAUAAGGAAGCGGGAUUUACACAUACUGACCGCUGGUUCGACGACAUAUACAUCAGAUCAGCGAUUUCAAGUAAUACGCCCGGAAAAUUCGGGUAACUGGACAUUGCAAAUAAAAUAUCCACAACCGCGGGAUUCGGGCAUUUACGAAUGCCAAAUCAAUACAGAACCAAAGAUGUCUCUCUCAUACACUUUCAGUGUAAUUGAGCUUAAAGCCAACAUAAUCGGGCCAUCGGAUCUGUAUGUGAAAAGCGGCAGCGAUAUAAAUCUAACAUGUCGCAUCAUGCAAGGACCGCACGAAUUGGGCAACAUAUUUUGGUACAAAGGCAAUGAAAUUAUUGACAUGUCAGCGAAUCUAAAUGAGAUCGACAGCGGGACGCGCAUUAGUGUCGACAACGACUGGACAGAUGGAUUGACAUCGAGAUUGAAAAUUCGUCGUGCCAUGCCCAGUGAUACCGGAAAUUAUACAUGCGUGCCAACGAUAGCGAAGACAUCCUCGGUUUAUGUGCACGUCAUAAUAGGUGAACAUCCUGCUGCAAUGCAACACAAUUCGAGCAGCAUGUAUAGCGGUAAUUUCUACUGUAGCAUUUGUUGUAUGCUCUUCACCAUUUUCACGUGCUGUUUGCAACAUUUCCUUGCAACAACAACAGCAGCUGCAACGCUACUCACCGUGGCAACAAGAAGUGCCACAACCAAAUGCAGUAAAAGCAACAAUACCAGCAGUGGCUAUAAAGCGCCGCCGACAGCGUCAUUGCGCCAUGCAGCAGAACAAUUGACAGCAGCAACAGCUACAGUGGUUGCCGAAAGCAGGUGCAAUAGAAUAGGAAGUAGCAACAAUAAUUGCAGUCAAAGCCAUAGUUCCAGCCUAAGCGGAAGCCGCAGCCGCAGCCGAAGCCUCAGCUUCAACCUAAGAAGCAUUAGCAUUAGUGGUGCAACCUCAAGAAGUUCGCAUGCAACACGCGCAUUCAGUGAAAUUACGAGAUGAAGAUGAAGCUGUUGUGGCCAAGCAUG